GCGCGCGCGCGCGCCGGCUAUAUAGGCAAUACACUCUGAUCGAUGCACCACCACACUCUCGUGACGACAGAAAGAACACACAGGCAGGGAUCGAUCGAAGCGCGGCCAUGGAUAUGGGAGGGCACGACAUGGGCAGCAUGGCCCCGCCGCCGGUCAAGCGGUACACGCACAUGACCUUCUUCUGGGGCAAGAACUCGGAGAUCCUCUUCACCCUCUGGCCCGGCACGCGCGGUGGCAUGUACGCGGUGGCCCUCGUCUUCGUCUUCGUGCUCGCGUUCCUCCUCGAGUUCCUCAGCUGCCGCAGGCUAGACUCCUUUCUCCCCACUAACCGGCGCGCGGCGGCCGGGGCCACGCGUGCCGCGGUGCACACGGUGCGCGUGGGCGUGGCGAACCUGCUCAUGCUCGCCAUCAUGUCGUUCAACGGCGGCGUGCUCCUCGUGGCCGUGGCCGGGCACGCGGCGGGGUUCCUGGCGUUCAAGGCCGGCCUGUGGGGCGACGGAAGGGAGCAGGUGAAGGGCGGGUGCAAGGAAGACGUCGCGCCGGCGGCGUGACGCUAGUGGUGCCGCGACGGCGUCCGGUGAUCCAUGGGUUUGUAAAGUAGUUGGUGCGUGUUCGUGUAUGCAGCGUGCGAAAUUUGUGUUGUUGUUUGGCUGGUUCAUGAGGGUCAUCUUGGGUCAUCGGUGAUUGGAAAUUGUAAAGUUAAGUCUGCAAUGUUAAAAUUUCUAUGCGAUCAGUUGUGA